AUGCCCACAGCCUGCGCCCGGCCCGGAGGGGGGCUGCUCUGCUCUUUCCAGCGCUGCUUCGUUUGCGGCGAGGCGGGCGCCACCAUCACCUGCCAGCAGAAGGGAUGCGACCGCAGCUUCCAUCUCCCUUGCGCCUCAGAGGGUGAAUGUGUCACCCAGUUCUUCGGGCUGUACAGGUCCUUCUGCUGGGAGCACCGCCCAGAGCAGGCAGUGCAGGCCGCUCCAGAGCACAACACCACCUGCAUCAUCUGCCUGGGCCUCGUGGAGGACAAAAAGUCCUACCACACCAUGGUGUGCCCAGCAUGCCAACACGCCUGGUUCCACCGGACCUGCAUCCAGAAGCAGGCUAUCCAUGCCGGCGUCUGCUUCCGCUGCUUGCGUUGCCAAAGCAAAGAUGAGUUUGUGAUGGAAAUGCUCACCAUGGGGAUUCGAAUCUCCAAGAGACAACCGUCACGGGAGAGCGACCAGGCAUUUGGACUGGUGUAUCAGAGGCACAUCCGCUGCAGUGCCAGCAAGUGCCUUUGUCUGGGAGGCAGGGAGCAGGCAGAGGAAGAGGGGUCCUGGCAAAUGCUCCUGUGUAGCUCCUGCGCAGCCAAAGGCAUCCACAGGCGCUGCUCCUACCUGAGGAACAGCGCAACCACCUGGCAGUGUGACUGCUGUGCUGGCCUGGGCCCUGGUAAGAGGCAAAGCACCCGGGUGUCCCCCGCGCUGGGGCCAGGGGCCAGGCUAGGCCUGGUAGCAGGGACUUAGGUUGGGCUUGGCUUCAGGAGGGCUGUGGGCACCACGAUGGCCUCUCCUGCCCCGGGGCUGGGUGGCCGUGCUGCUGACCUUCCUGCCCCCCCUCGCAGGCGCCAGUGA